AACCUAAACAUUUGGUCAUUGAGCCAAAAUAGGUUCGUCUCUUCGUCUCUGCAAAUCAACACCCUCGUCGGUGGCGGCCGAACCUCACUCACCUCUCUCCCGGCGGUCACACGAAGCCCCAGCUCUCUUCUUGGCCAUCUCUUCUUCUAACCCAGGAAAAUAGCUCUCUUUCUGUAAACAAAAGCCCCCCAACUAGCAGCAACUGCGGCUAAUAUUCCCUCAUCCAGCCUCGUCUUUAGAAGAAGCUUCUUUGGUUGUCAGCAUUUUCGGAAAAGGGUGUACUAAAUGGAGCAGAGAUUAGCCAAUGCGUGGCGUCUCUCUGCGAAUGAGAAGAAAUUCAUUGAAACAGCCCUUCUUUCGGAUUUGAGGGUCGAUGGUCGUCGCCCAUUUGAUUACCGUAAUCUCACCAUCAACUUUGGCAAAGAUGAUGGUUCUUCAGAGGUGCAGCUUGGCCAGACUCACGCAAUGGGCUUUGUGACUGCUCAGCUAGUUCAACCGUAUAGGGAUCGUCCUAAUGAGGGCACUCUUUCUAUAUUUACUGAGUUCUCUCCUAUGGCUGAUCCCUCAUUUGAGCCUGGCCGUCCUGGAGAGUCUGCUAUCGAGCUAGGACGUGUAAUAGACCGUGGUCUGAGGGAGAGUAGGGCAGUGGAUAUGGAAUCACUUUGUGUGGUUUCGGGCAAGUCUGUGUGGGCCGUUCGAGUCGAUCUCCACAUUUUAGAUAAUGGGGGAAACCUUGUGGAUGCUGCUAAUAUUGCUGCUUUGGCUGCUCUAUCGACUUUUCGAAGACCUGAAUGCUCACUGGGGGGAGAUGACGGUCAGGAAGUGAUAAUUCAUCCCCCUGAGGUUAGGGAGCCACUUCCGUUGAUCAUACACCAUCUCCCUAUUGCAGUAACCUUUGCAUUUUUUCGUAGUGAGAGCACCCUGGUGAUAGAUCCAACUCACUAUGAAGAGGCUGUUAUGGGGGGGAGAAUGACCGUCACACUUAACGCUAAUAACGAUGUUUGCGCUAUUCAAAAAGCAGGAGGAGAGGGUGUACUUCAGAGUGUGAUCAUGCAAUGUCUUCGAAUUGCUUGUGUCAAAGCUGGUGAUAUUACAACUAAAAUAAAAAAUGCAGUUGAGACUUACAAUUCAGCUAGACAAUUGCGGAAGAUUAAGCGCCACCCUUCGGUUAAUUUGGAUGUCGGUAGAGCUGUGGCUAAUAUGAAGGAUAGCCAAAAGAGUAUCAAUGAAUUUUCUGACAGAUUGAAAUUGAAUUCUGAAGACAGUAUCGCGGGUCAAAGCAGGAGCAUUGAGAGUGAUGUUGGAUCAACAAAUCAAGGACAAUUAAACAAGAGAGAUUUAGAUGCUAAGAAUUUCAUUGGGGGCCCUUCAAGCUGGGACCCAUACUCCAAAGGUGUUGAUUCAGAUUUCUUGAAAGCUACUUUAGCUGCACGUGGAAAUCAAACCACAACGAAGAAACAGGACGCGAGCGAUGAAACGAUGUCCUCUGAGACUAAGCUUGAUGAACAAGAAGCUAAGGUUGAUGAGGGAAAUUUACCUCCUGUUGCUGCUAAGAUUUUGUCAGAAGAAAACGAGAAGAAGACGCUGAAAGAUGCCGUGAAGCCAAAGAACAAGAGGAAAAAGAAGAAGACCACCAUCCCCCCCAACAUUGCAGAUUAGUUCAAUGGUGACAUGAUAUCUUCUGAAAUAGUUCAUGAAGAUGUAAAUUUUGAAGCUCGACUUCGAAGUACUAGAAUAGAUCAAACGGAAGCAUCUCUUAUCAAACAUGGAGAGCGUUCAUGCCCGGUGCCCGGUUUCAUCAAGGUUCGUUCAAAGAAAUUCGAAACUUGAACUUGGUGAGAUCCUAAGAAAUCUGCAUUUGGAUGAACACUUAGCACAGAAAUCUAUGAUGAUGCUGUUGAAAAGGUAAUGCAAUUUCUGUCAUGUUCAUCAUCUUACUAUUGGAAUCUUUAUUUAGAGUAACAUAGAGUGUUUAGAAUCGUAGGCUUUUUCCUUGUUUGAUUGUAAGUUCUGGCUGCUCCACUGAGAUGAUUUUCAUUAUUGUUUAGAGAACCCUUUUUCAUAUUACAUUGAUUAUAAACUUUUUCGAUGUCA